UUACCUAUUUAUUUAUUUUUUUAAUUUCCUUUGACUUGUUCUAUCUGAAGGAUUUCUCUCCGUCUCCUAUAUAAAUUACCCUUAUUUUUAGAUAUUCUAGUAAUGCUUGUCUUGUCCUCGCAUUCACCAUCUCCAUCUCCAUCUUUUCUAUUCUCCUUCUGCUUCUGCUGCUCUUCGUCUCUAUUCAUAGUAGAGCAUGGAUUCGUCUGACUUUCCUGUUAGCAGAUCUCCAAGAAAAGAACUUCAGGGUCCUAGACCACCUGCUCUUAAAGUCCGUAAAGAUUCACACAAGAUCAAGAAACCCCCUGUAGCUCCACAACCAUCACAACAACAACAGCAACCAACGCAGCCGCGACCACCGGUCAUAAUCUACACAGUUUCACCGAAAGUCAUCCAUACAAACCCUAGUGACUUCAUGACCCUUGUGCAACGCCUCACAGGCUCUUCUUCUUCUUCCUCUGCUACUAAUUAUUCGACUUCUAAUCCCUUUAAUAACGAUGGUGGUGCAAUAUCGCCGGCGGCAAGGUAUGCAACGAUAGAGAAGGCGAAGUCACCGAAGGAGAAGAGUAAGGUAGAUAGUGGCGAUGUGGGUUUGUUGGAUGGGAUAGAAAUGGGUCAAUUAAUGGAGAGAAAAGGUAAUUUGUUUCCUGGUAUUCUUUCACCAGGGCCUGCUUCACUUCCUCCACUGCCAUCAAAUUUCUUCUCUCCACAGUCCGAUCCAAACAUGGUUGGCUUCUUCCAUGAUUUGAGCCCUGUGCUUCACGGUAACAGGACUUUCAUGGAGGGAAGUUUCAUGCCUAGUCCUUCAACCUUUGUUUCUCCUCACCUGACUUCUCCAACUCCAUCUAUAGACCUCUUCAACAAUUUCAAUUUCAACAAUAUCUUUGACCAGUGAAUUUCUUUUUUUUUUUUUCACUUUUUUUUCUCUAGGGAGACAUAUAUAAACAUAAUUAGGAUCUUUAUUUAAUUUUUAUAAAUCUCUUGCUUUGCUUUUGGUGUAUCCUCUUCAUGGUGAGGAUGAUAGAGAAGAAGAAGAAAGGGAUCACUAGGUUGGAAAUUUGAUGAUCUUUGAUUACUUAUCGGUAGGUUAGCAAGUUGCGGGCUUGUUAAUGGCGCCAUGUUUAAUUUCUUUGUUUUUAGUUUUGGUGGGUCAUUUGAUAGGCAAAUUCAGCUUUAUUUUUAUGUUGUAGAUCUAUUUUUCUAAUACCCAUUCUUUUGUCAUGUACCUUAUGGCAUGUAAUUUGAAACAAUAUUAACAUUUUGGUUCCUCGGUA